CAUGAUUAUGCCCAUUGCUAGAACUGCACGGAUUUUCCCCUGGUAUAAAUAGUGUGGCGGGGGUAUGCGUUAUUUGGAAUUUACAUAUUGAUUCAUCAACGCAUUUUCUACUUUCGUUUUAUGCACUGGCAAUGUUGAGCGAAAACAGUGAAAUAUUUAAAACUAUAAAUAGUCGGUUUUUUUUUGUUGUUGUUUUCUUUACAAUUUUAGCACCUGUGUCGUUUUCUGAAAACCAUCGUCUGGUGCAUUUAAAAAACCUCGAAGCCCUCAGCGUAUAGAUAUACCGUUUUCUGAAAAUCAUCAACGGGUGAAUUUAAAAAACCUCGAAGCUCUCAGCAUAUAUACCGGUGUAUAAUUUUUAUAGCUGCAUUGUAUGGAACUUAUGACCUGGAAUAUAUUAAUCACGCGAUCUCACUAUCUGUGGGAUUUCCCGUGACUGCGGUGCUUAUAGAUCUUCCGCUUUACAGCUAUUCAUCAUCACACAACACAAAUCGUCGUCAUGUCAGGCAGAAGUGUAAUUCUCUUGUUGACAAUUGCAUUGGGAUCUUCUAUGAGUUCCGAGCUAGAUGUGAAACCCAAACCCCCCUCGCCACCCCCUGUAAAUCCGUACCUCCCCGGGGAUGUAAAAUGGUGCGUGUGGAAGAUGGGGGGAAAUGCGGCACUUUUUGAAGUUCUCCCUGGGCUUGGCUGGGACAAUAUUCAGAAUAAGGACGCUGGUAUGUUACUUCAGUACAACUAUUCAGAGUGCCGGACGACGGAUGACGGGCGGUACAUAAUACCGGACGGUGUAUUUACGGUCCCGAUCAAAUCCAGCCAGUUAGAAGUUUUCGGGGAACUGUUUCAGCACUGGAAUAAUUUCACCUCAACAACAUCUUCAUCUGUCAACGUCGAGGCUGGCCUCCAUAUCGGACACUUUGGCAUCAGUGGGAAAUAUUCGCAUGAAUCAGAGAGCGUCCGUAAACACCAGAUUAUGGACCGAUCCGUAACCACUCGUGUCCAGGCGAGAUAUACCCGCUACUCAGCCAAAUUACAACCCGACACUCCGCUCAACCUCGCCUUCCGGGAUCGCCUCAAGAACAUCGCCUACUUUAUACAAACAAACAAAACAGAUAUGGCCCGGUACCAGAGCCAGCUGCUAGUGCGAGACUACGGCACUAACGUCAUUUCCAGUAUUGACGCAGGCGCAAUUAUCACCCAGUUGGAUCAAAUAAAAUCGACGUUCAGCAACAGCUACAGCAUGGACCGCCGGCAAGUUGUCGCCGCUGCCAGUGCCUCCUUUAUGAGCAUAUUCAGCGUCGGGGCCGAAUACAAACAUAGCACAUCUAAGGAAGUCAUUGAUCAAUAUUUGGGUAACCGAACCCAUUCCUCUGUACGAACGUUCGGAGGACCGGUAUUUCAACCCUCCAAUUUCACGCUGAACCAAUGGGCUGCUGAGCUCGGAGGAGACUUGGUUGCCGUGGACAGGUCCGGAUUCCCGAUCUACGACCUGAUUACGACCCAGACUCUCUCAGAUUUACCCCCCUCAGUCCUCUACCCACUUGUCCAAACCGUGAAGGAGGCCGUGGAGGAAUACUAUAAAUACAAUGUGUACAGGGGAUGCACCGAAAUAGACUCGCCCAACUUCAGCUUCAUUGCUAACAUGGAUGAUGGCACGUGCGAAAGUCCGGAGACCAACUACACGUUUGGGGGAGUAUAUCAGACCUGUCGUCAGUCGGGGCAAAUCAGUCAAAAUCUGUGCAACGGGCUCACCCAGAAAAACCCCCUUACAGGUGAUUACUCGUGCCCUCGCGGAUACGAGAGUGUUUUAUUAACCGAAGGAAUGAGAACUGGGUCCGAAAGCCGUAGAAGCUGUCGCCAUUGCGGGUUUUUGGGACUGAGCCGUUGUUGUCACAAUUACAUGGUUUCUGGAAAUGCAAAAUAUCAAGCUUUUUGGUGCGUUGCGCAAGGGCAUGUAGACCAGCAAUCUGGGUUCCAAUUCGGCGGAAUUUUUACGAACUCGAUUAACAACCCAAUUACACAGUCACGGGGCUGUCCCCUUUACUUUUAUCCCUUGAAACUUGGGCUGACGAUGAAGGUAUGCGUCAGUGACGAUUACGAACUUGGCUUCCGGUACUCUGUUCCAUUUGCUGGUUUGUUCAGCUGUAAGGCGGGAAACCCGCUAAGCAUUCACCAGGAAAGCACGCCGAAAAAUCCAGACAUGUUACACACACUGUCCGCGUACCUGAAGUCCACUAGUGCAAACAACUGGCCGCGAGGAUGUCCAACGGGAUACAGCAUGCAUCUGGCAAGUGUGGAAAACUCGUGUGAAAUCGACUACUGUGUUAAAGCAAACGCGUUCUCUGACAAAGGUUUUCCGCCUGUGAGACGACCUCCGUUUAUGGAACUUCCGGGAAACGCCUUUGUGGAUUCAGAUAUUAAUGAGGAGUAUAUGAUCAGUGAGGAUGGGCAGUCAUGGACGAAUCUGGAAUUCGGAAAUCAGCCUGACGUCGCCCAUGAAAAAGACAAGGGCAGCGAUUCUACGGCUAGCAGUGACGGCGAACUCUCGUCCGGUGCCACGGCAACUGUCGCUAUAGUGACUAUAUUGGUAGUCAUAGCAACGCUAGCCAUAGUAGCAUUGAUGUUCAGAAGACACAGGAAGUCAAAACGUCCAUACACGAGGAUGGACUAUCCUGAUUCAAGCGCCGUCAAUCGUCGAGAGUACGGCUCUGCGGGGCAAACCACGGAUUCUCCCCAGUCAGCGUGAACACAAUAAUUGAUCGUAUUUCACAGGUCUGCUAUUUGAGAAAAACAAAUGCAAUUAUACUACCGUCUGGGGAUUCUUAAUAAUUUGAAAAGAAUGACUAACGAUUGAAGCGAUCUGGAUAUGUGUUAAUUUUGAUAAAACACCAAACUGUUUUAAUUUGCAUUUUCUUUUCCCCCAUAACUUUUUGUCCAUGUUAUCUGAUUUCUAUGUAGAUGACUUUUACCUAUACAUUAAUUAUCAUUAACGUAAUUAGGGUUUGUUUAUUGUACGUUAUAUGUUGUAUUUGGAUUAUCCUUAUAAAGUGUGUGUUUUACCAAUUAUCAUUAACUUAAUUAGGGUCUAUUUAUUGUACAUUAUUUGUUGUAUUUGGAUUAUCCUUAUAAAGUGUGUGUUUUACCAAUUAUCAUUAACUUAAUUAGGGUCUGUUUAUUGUACAGUAUUUGUUGUAUUUGGAUUAUCCUUAUAAAGUGUAUGUUUCUAAG